AUGGCCGUAAAAACCCUCAAGGAGAGGCAGUUCCUUGCAGCGAAUGCCAGUGGAAGGGGAGGAGAUUCGGAUACUAACCAACGGCUCGGACAAAUAGACGUACGUCAGUUACAACAAGCUCUGGCACAAGUUGGCACUCGCCUCGCACCUUGGGCUCGCAAUGAUAGGGAUGCAUGGAGCCCUCUAAACCUCAUCAAAGCAGCUGUGGGAGCUCUCUCCAUAGCGAAGUUCAAUCCCGAGUCAUUCGAGCAUGGCAACGCGAGCACGGCCACUGCUCCAUUAUUAUCGCAGGAGCAAAAAGUCGCUCUGCUCUUAUGUGAAGCAGUUCUUCUCUUUGUUGAACAGGUUUGUUCUAUCGGAGAACCUCCAAAGCCCAUCAAGUCAUCGGAAGAUGGUCAACUUUCGACUGUGAUGAGGAUUCAAGCCAAGUACCGCGGUGAACAGCUGGAGAAAAUCGUUAUUAAAUACGGCCUACCCUACCUCACCCACCCUCAUCUCCUCGGGUUACGGUAUCGAAUCCGACAUUUCCAACCCCCGUCUCAGUAUUUUCAUUCGCGGUUGAGGGACGCUCUUCAGCGAGCACAACUUGAUCCUCCUGAAGAUCUUAGGAAGGGCGGAAAGGAACUGCUAGUUGCAGAUGUAAAAUACCAUGGAUGA